AUGAAGCUCCCGUAUGUACUGGUGUUGUUGGCUGUGUGUAGAUCUGUGGCAGGCAGUAUUGACGAGAUGAAGAGGCUGUACAGAGACCUGUUUCGGAAAUACAGCCCUAAAUACAGGCCCUUGUACAAUCAGAGUCACCAUGUUGACGUUCACUGUACACUCAACCUUCUGUCCAUAAUUGAAGUAGAUCAGGUCCGGCAGAUCCUCCAAAGCAACGUCUGGGUGAAUCUGACAUGGCGGGACGAGUUCCUUAUCUGGAAAUCUGAGAAUUAUAGCGGCAUUAAGUCCAUUCAUCCUCCACUAACUGACAUUUGGAGACCGAGACUCAUCCUAACGGUGUCUCUGGAGGAUCGGGACGUUUUCAAAGACGAUACACCUGGAAUCACAGUUUACAGCGACGGCACAGUAACUUGGUCACCUGGAGCCAACUUUCUCACUGCUUGUAAGUUAGAUCUAACUUUGUUUCCAUUUGAUGUUCAGACAUUCGAAUUCCGAUUUCUUCCUGCCAGCUAUGAUUCACAUGAGGUUAAAUUGGUCUCAUCAUUGAAGACUGCAAACACCAGAUCGUUCACAUCCAAUGGAGAAUGGAUUGUGUCAAGAUCCAGAGCAUACACCCGUGAAAUAGCUAAAGGCUCAGGUGAAAAACGAUUUUCCACCCUUUACAUUCAGUUUGAUUUUGAGAGGCGUCCAACGUUCUUUCUCCUCAGUGUCAUUCUUCCCGUCGUGUUACUUUCUUUUCUCAACAUAUUCGUGUUUGCACUUCCAUGUGAAUGUGGCGAGAAAGUUUCGUAUGCCGUCACAUGCCUUCUCUCUCUAACUUUAUUCAUGAGCAUCGUGAGUGGACUACUUCCAAAAUCAUCCGACAAUAUCCCACUGGUUACCAUGUAUCUUACAUGUCUCCUCGGCAUCAGCGUUCUGUCGGUUGUCGCCACCAUCCUUAUCGUCGUGAGAGAUGCAAGGAAGAAACCACCGUUACCAUUGUUUGUGAUACCAUGUUUUUGGACGUUAUCAUUUCCUGGAAGUAAACGCAAGGAUACAGACGAGAUUAACACUGAUGGUUUGGCUAAUGAUGGGAAUCCUAGAGGGCGAGUGACAGGAGGUCGGAGUAGCUCUGACUCUGGUGUAUACUGUAUAUCAGCUGACUGUUUGUGUAUGGUCAUGUUCAUGGCUGUUUGGGUGUGUGUGACUAUGGGAUUCUUCAUCGAACUAAGGCGAUAA